UUCAGAAGUGGGCCAAUGUCGCCAUGUCAUUGGAAGUUGGCCUUCCAACCGCUCUAUGUCUAAGGGAUGAGAUCCUGGGCGAAGGUGGAUGGUCCAUUGUGCGAAAAGGUGAUGUUUCUGGCUGCCAGGUGGCAGUGAAAACCUUCAACAAUCAAGUGCUUAAGGAUGUGGAACAGAGCGUUCGGCAAGAUCGUUUCCUACGGGAGGUGAAUGCCUUGAAAACACUUGGGGCCAGGGCCCCGUUGUGCCCGUUGUCUCCACAUCCCACGCAUCCCACGCAUCCCAUGCAUCCCGCUGAGCAUUUCGUGCAGCUGCUGGGCUACUCGAAAUUCGAUGGACUUCCGGGUCCGGCAGCGGAUGGACGUUUCUACACGGUCCUGGAGUUGGGUGGGGAACGCUUAGACCAAUGGCUUGCCAAAGGACUUGCGAUGUCCAAACCUUGGCAGCCUUGGCAUUUAUCUGACUUUGGGGACAUCGCCCGGUCCUUGUUUUCAGCCUUGUAUCAUCUACAUUCACGUGAAUUGGUCCAUCUGGAUGUCAAGCCAGAGAAUAUUAUGCGCUUUGGCCGGUGCUGGAAGCUCAUCGACUUGGAGUGCUGCAUGUCGAUAGGCAGAGACUUUGUCUUGACAGAAGAUAUCACCCCUCUGUAUGCCAGCCCUGAGCUUGCGAGAGCUGCCAUGGCGACUUCUGCGAGGACGACCCUUGUGCCGCCAUCUUCCCAAAUGGACAUUUGGGCGGCUGGAGUUGUCUUACUGGAUGUGCUUGCAGAAGGCUGUUGUUUUGGUGAGAUGAAGGCUUCUUUUGAUCUUCAAGCCUUGUUCGAAGAGGAGGCAUUUUCGAAUGAAGGCUGGUAUGGAUGGCUUUCCUCACCAGAGCCUUUGGACUUUCGAAGCCUCCUCGAAAGCUGUGAUUCCUUCCGUGGAAGACUGGAUGCCCAACUGGAAGCGUUUCUAAAAGUGAUCCUGGCCAAGGAGCCAACGUGUCGACUAUCGGCUUUGCAGUUGAGAGAUCACGAGUUGCUGCAAGCACCCCGUGACAGAGGUCGACGUAUUGUCGAAAAAGUUUUCAGUGCUGCAGCAGGUCAGGACGAGGAUCCACCUCUAUAUUCGCGCGACAUGUUGAUGGAAGUUCUCGUUUGCAUUGGUGUCGCAGCACAGGAUGCCAAUUGCAUGCUAGAUGCAUUGUGCCAACAUUUGGGUUGCAGUGCCUUUUCGUGCACGUCUCUGCUAAACUUUUUAUAUCAUGCAUGAACGACCUUCGCAGCUGGAUUGGGAGAUCAAGAUGGUUUCUCACAAAACAUAACGAUACGCGGAUUGUCCGCAUAAUAAAAAGGACAAAC